AUGAAGAAGCAGCCUGGUGACUCGCCUUUCGAUUUAACAGAGCGACUGCGGAAGAAAUACGGCGACGUGGUAGGACUCUUCCUGGGGCCGCAGCCUGCCGUGUUCAUCAACGGCUACAAAUGCGUGAAGGAAAUUUCCAACAUGACUGAGUUUGCCUACAGACCGAACAUGCUCACUCCCCGCCACGAAAUAAUAAAUAAAAUUUCAGGGGUAUUUUUCUCCGAGGGUGAAAGAUGGAGGAACCAGCGUCGGUUCACUCUGCGCCACUUGCGAGACUUUGGCUUUGGCAGGAGAACAAUGGACCAGUACAUCCAGGAGGAAUUCAACGUCCUCGUCGCCGAGGUCGAAAAAUUAGCGAUGGAAAAUCCGGGACAGCAAGAGACCGGACUGAACCUGAUGGAUCUGCUGCCGGCGGUGGCGAUCAACACCCUUUGGUACAUCAUAGCCGGCGUGAAGCACGACUUGCACGACGAAAACUUCCACCACCUGACCAAAUGCGUGUUAAAGUUCUUCAGACUGGGAGACCAGAACUCGCCUGUGAAUUUUUACAGAGUUUUGCAACACGUUCCAGUCAUCAACCGCGUUUAUCAAGAGCAGAGGCGGUGUGCAGAUGAACUUAACAACUUUGUCAUGAGAGAGAUUCAAGCGCACAAGAAAAAUUUCAAUGAAUCGAACGUGAAAGAUUUCAUUGAUAUUUAUCUGAAAGAAAUGCAGCAAGACACAACUGGAUUUUUUACAGUAUCAGACGAACAGCUGACGACGAUUUGCGUAGAUCUGUUCCUCGCGGGAACAGAAACGACUGCAAGCACUAUCGGAUUCACCCUGCGCUACCUGAUAAAGUAUCCGCACAUUCAAGAAAAGGUCAGACAGGAAAUAUUUGAGGUUGUCGGCAAACACAGAGCCAUUUCAAUGGAGGAUAUGAUGAACCUUCCGUAUUGCACAGCAGUGCUGACUGAAUCUCUUCGCCACUCCGGAGUUACCCCUUUUCCACCACCAAAGGCACCAAAAGAAGAUACAUUCUUCAAUGGUUACCUCAUUCCGAAGAGGACUAUGGUAAUGGUGAACCUGAGAAGCGUGCUGAUGGACGAAGAGUACUGGGGAGACCCUGAAAAUUUCAGGCCUGAAAGGUUCAUUGGGCCAGACGGGAAUUUUAAACGGGACGAACGACUUUUUCUUUUUGGAACUGGU